CUACCUCGUACAUAUUCAUAUGUGAUGAUGCGAGACGAUGCAAGAAGAACUUUCUGCCGUUUCUCCCGGAUACGACCCAACCGGAGAAAAGAAUUCUGCUGGCGUGUUGUGCGUGUGCUAACAACUUCUUGCACAGGAAAUCGCCGAGUCGGGGUUCCCAGGUCUGUCUCGUCGUGUCCCCGUUGCCCGUUCUCCGUUCCCCGUUCCUCUUUGGCGGGUCAACAGAAACCGAAGCGCUACCCAUUUGCCUUGUGGACCCCGCUGCGAUCGUUGGUACUCAGUAAAAACAAGAGAAGGGCUCCAACAAACCAUGGGCCCGAGAAGAAAGAAAAGAAAGAACUAUUUAAGGGAUCGAGUGGUCCCUCCAGGAUCCUGCCGCUCCCAUUAAUAUCCCGACUCCAACCGCGUUUAUCGCCCCGUUCAUAUAUAUGGCUAGCAUCGCAAGAACCUCACUACACCAAGUAUCCAAGAGACUCUACCCUGCGGGAUUUGCCUCCCUCUCCUUCCUCAACUCUCUGCCGAAACACAAGAACAACUUCCUCCGGACUCCCCUCCCACGUCUUGCCCGGCCCGCCAUCUCCUCCAACCGAGAGUACUCUCACUCCCACUCCCACUCCCACUCCUAUACCACCUCCACACCCAGCAGAAUGGCGAACCUCACUGCGUCGACGUUCCUCGAGUACGUCAAGAACCGUCGCACCUAUUACCCCCUCUCCAAGGACAUCUCCCUAUCCGCCGACCAGGUCGACGACAUCGUCAAGGUCGCCAUGCAGCAUGUCCCCUCGUCCUACAACUCGCAGUCGAACCGCGUCGUCGUCCUGCAAGGGGCCCACCACGAAAAGCUCUGGGACAUGAUCUCGGAGGUCCUGCGCGCCGUUGUCCCCGAGGAACAGUGGAAGUCCACCGCCGAGCGGAUGGCCUGGUUCAAGGGCGCCGCCGGCACCAUCCUCUUCUUCAUCGACCAGGACGUCGUCCGCGGCAUGCAGGACAGGUUUCCCCUGUACGCCGAGGGGUUCCCCGGCUGGGCCGGCCAGUCCGCCGGCAUGCUCCAGUUCGCCCUCUGGACCGCCCUCGAGGCCGAGGGCCUCGGCGCCAACCUCCAGCACUAUAACCCCCUCGCUGACGAGAACAUCGCCGCCGAGUGGAACGUCCCUCGCACAUGGCAACUCAACGCCCAGCUCGUCUUCGGCGGCCGCACGGGCGAGACUUAUCCUAAGGAGUCCAAGCCCGCCGAGGAGACUGUGAAGUCUUUCCGCGACUAAGUAAAGGAUACCUCCCUCCCUUGCGACAAGCAUGCAGAUGAAUGAGCGGGUUUAGCUCUGGGUUGGCUGUUUAUCAACUGGGACCUAGUUUUGCCCCUUCUUUUUUUCUUCUUUUUUUCUUCUUUUUUUCUUCUUUUUUUCUUCUUUAUUCUUCUUUUUUCUUCUUCUCCUUUUUCCCCCUUGAAUAUAUUUAUAUAGCUUCUCAUUCACUGCAACCUAUUGCUUGGCAUCGCAUGUAAAUAGCGGCAGCUACCUUUUCGUACAUACACGGUCACAAGAGACACCGCAAGAUGGAUUUUCUGCCAUAAUUUUAUGAUGACGUUUAAACAACCCUCCUUCCGCGUCC